AUGGGCGAUACAUACAAAGUGGAAUAUUAUAAGGUAAUUAAUUAACUAAAAUAAAAAUAAUUAUUUCUUUUUCAUUUUUUUCAGACGAAGAAAAUCACAUUUGGACCAAUUGAAUAUGUAAUUGUCACGCAAAACUCGAAUGGACCUUGUCCACUUUUGGCUCUUAUAAAUGUGUUAGUUCUCAAAGGAAAAAUACAAUUAGACACAACUGAGCCACAAAUCGGAAAUGAAGAAUUGGUUCAAAUUUUAUCAAAUGUAUUAUUAAUUCCUCCAAGCGACGAAAAAGAAUUGGAAAUUUAUGAAGCAAAUCUGCAAGAUGUUCUUCCAAUUAUCUCAAAUCUUCACAAAGGUUUAGAUGUAAAUGUUAAAUUCUCGAAUAUCAGCGACUUCGAAUUCACUUCAGCUCAAUCGCUUUUCGAUUUACUAAAAGUUAAUUUAUAUCAUGUUUGGUUGCCGGAUCCUCAAUUAGGACCAAUUUAUGAAGCAGUCAAAAAUAUAACCUAUAAUGAAUUGGUUGUUCGAAUUUUCGAUGAAAACGACAAAGAAUAUCAAUUUUUGAAAGAUUUCCACGAUGAUACCAAAAGUCAAAUAACAUUUCAUGGAUUAAUGAAAUUAUGUGAAAAAAUGAAAGAUGGAGAAAUUGCGGUUCUCUUCAGAAAUAAUCAUUUUCACACAAUAUUAAAACGAAGGGUUCGUUGAUUUCAUGAAAAUUAGAAAAAACAACGAAAUUUUCAGGACGAAAUCUUCACUCUUGUCACCGAUGAAGGUUUCUUCGACGAGAAAAAUAUAGUUUGGGAAUCGUUGAGUUCCGUGGAUGGAGAUUCAUUCUUUGUGGAUCCACAAUUUCAUACUUAUAAGUGAGUUUUUUUCGGAAUUGUCUGAAAAUAUUAUAACUCCUUAUGAAAAUAUGUUUAUAGAGAAGUCGUGGUUGCUCAGGAACCCGUCAGAUCUUCACAAUCUUCUCCAAUUCCUUCACAAUCUUCGGUUCCUCCACCAGAAUAUGUCGAACAAUCAGCUCGUUCUCGAUCAAUUCAAGUUUCUCCAACUCAUUCGUCGCAAAAAUCGGACAAGUCUAAAGUUGGUUUUUUUCUGAAUAAGUGGGAUUGGGUAAAAAAUCUCCCCAAAAAAAUUAUUUUUUUUCAGUGCCUCAUCAUGUAA